AGUCGGCCCGGCCGAUCAGUCACAAGUUCACAACACUACGGGCAUGGCUAUAGUACUAUAAGUUUCCGCCCGGGCUCCGUCGUCAUCCUUGCAACAACGACAGCCUCCAAACACCAGCUGUCCAGCUCCAUCGACGACCCUCUCGUCUCGGCAGGCCGCCGGGCAGGGAUCGGAGCAGAGCUCGAUCGAGAGCGCCGCCUGGCCACGGCGAGGAAUAAUGGGGCGGCGUGCCGAGUUCGUCUUGCUGGCGUCUCUCUGGGUCGCCGCCGGCGCCGCCCUGGUGCUGCUCAACGGGGUGGCGGCGGAGGGCGAGUGUGGCAAGGUGAGGUGCGGCAUGGGGGCGUGCGCCGAGUCCGGCGACUACGCCUUCGGCUUCGCGUGCCAGUGCAAGCCCGGGUGGAGCCGCUACCACCUCGGCAGCGUGCAGUUCCCCUUCCUCCCCUGCGUCAUUCCAAACUGCACCAUCAACUACAAGUGCCAGGACGACGGGCCAUCCCCGCCGCCGGCUCCCUCACCGCCGGCUGGGCUGCCGCCGCUGACCAACUUCUCCAUCUUCGACCCGUGCCUGAUGCAGUACUGCGGCGACGGCGGCGCCUGCGAGAAGGCGUCGGACUUCGCCCACCGCUGCCGAUGCCGCGACGGCUACACCAACCUCCUCAACGACACCUCCUACCCCUGCUACCGCCAGUGUUCGCUGGGGUCGGACUGCAAGGGUCUUGGGAUCGACGUGAUCAACGGGUCUACGCCGAGCAUGUCGCCGCCGGCGCCCUUCUCCUUCACCGUCAAGAGGUCCGGCGCCGGAGCUGCCGUCGUGCCCGCUGGCGGGCUGCUCGAGCUCCUCUUGCUGAUCUCCUUUCUCUGGCUCCAGGCCAUCUGAAGCUCAGCUUAUAGCUCUUUUAGUUAGGAAUAUAUCGUACGAAGUUGUGUUCGGAUUAGGGAGCCGUAUCAUACACUACAGCCCAGUUUUCCCAUUAGAUUAGCACCAGCGUUAUGUAAAAAUACUCUUUGAGAAAUAAAUGAGCAGCAGACGCUCCAUUACUCUGAA